AAGAGAGAAAAGAAAAAAAAACGAAUUCGUCGAUUCGCGAUCGCAGCUAAAUCCAGAUACGAAAUACCGUACAUACGUGUACUUGAGAUAAUUAAAGGCCGCUAUAAAAAGCCGAUUAAGCGAAAGUCAAACGGCGCAGUGCAAGCAAAGCAGGUGAAGCAGGUGAAGCAGCUGAAGAUCAAAAUGUCGACGCAACAACAGCAAUUGGACUAUAUGGAAAGAUAUCUGGUGUACGAUAUCUAUAAGUAUUUUGGCAAAGAUGCGGUCCUCGACUCGCACAGCAUCGAGUGCUCCAAUGGCCUGGACGGCUUCAUGUCGGCGCUCUACACAGUCCAGCUGGACAUGAAAAUCGCCGGAAACGCCCGCCAGGAGCUGGUGCUGGUCAAGUUCAUGAAGGGCAGCCCCGAGUUCCGUGACUCGAGCAAGUCGUACACGCAGUUCGCCAACGAGGUCUUUGUCUAUGCGGAGCUGCUGCCCGCCUAUGAGAAUCUGCUGCGCAGCAGCAAACUGAACACGGAUCUGGUCGAGCAGCUGGUGCCGCGCGUCUAUUGCGCCAAGUUUGGUGUGAUCGAGGGUUUGGGCACGGCCAAGGAGUCGGUGCUGGCGCUGCAGCAUUUGAAGCCGUCGGGCUAUGAGCUGGGGCCGCGGCUGACGCUGCGCUCGGAUCAGCUGGCGGCCAUGUGCCGCAUACUGGGUCCGUAUCAUGCGCUGGGCUAUGCCCUGCGCAUACUGGAGCCCCAUCUGCACGAGCGGCUGCGCGGCGAGCUCAUCACGUUGCCGUUCGUCUUUGAGGCGAAUUCACCCAAUCUCUAUGCGGUGCUCUAUCGCGUGGCCUUCGAUCGCUUCUAUGCGUUCUACGAUCGCUGCCGCGAUCAGCUGCUGCUGCAGCCGCAGGAGACGCGCUUCGCGGAGGCGCUGCAGCGACUGCGGGACAAGUACUUCGAGCAGCCGGUUGAGCUGCUGGAGCAUAUACGAAGCCACGCCUUGGAUGAGACGCAGCCGGAAUCGCAUUUCAGCACGUUUCUGCACGGCGAUUUCAAUCGCAACAAUGUGCUGUUCCAUGAAAAUGACGAGGGCAGCGUCGACGAUAUCCGGAUGAUUGAUUUCCAGGAGAUGCGCUACAGCACCGUCGCCAUCGAUCUCAGCUUCUUUCUGUACAUGAACACGCCGGCCGCGGAUCGUGCCGCGAUCUUUGCCCGGCUGCUGCGUCUAUAUCAUCAGCAUAUGCACGAUACGCUGGAGCUGGUGCUGCAGCGCAAUCACGAUACGCUGCCCGAGGAGAAAAUCAAUCAGCUGCUCAGCGAUUACAGCUUUGAGCGCUUCGAGGCGCACUUCAAGCGCUAUGCCUUCUACGGCGUCAUGAUCUGCAUGCACUUCAUGCCCUGGCUGCUGGGCAGCAAAGCCGACUGUGAUCGGCUCUCCAAGCUGUUCGAGACGCAAAUGCACGGCGCCGAGUUCUACAGGCUAUCCAUGGACAUUGCCGGCGACGCGGCCAAUCGACAGAUAUUCGAGGUGUUGCGUCACGCCUUCGAGCAGGGCUACAUGGACUGGAUUUGAUUGGAGUAGAUUGGAGCAGCAAUCAGCUAAAAUUCUUCUUCCACUUAUCGGCCUUGUCUCACAUGUUCCACGCACUAUCGAAACCCUGUUAUCAAUAUCUUAUCAAUUAGCCUGUUCCGAAUACCGAAUUCAUGUUACCAAAAUAUGUUAUGAAAUGCGCUGUGCCAAAA